GGCGCAGCUCGCAUCAGCAGCAGCAGCACAGCGGAAUGAGCGCGCACGGCGCAUCUUAAUCACCUCGGCUAGCCGGGUCCGCCCGCCAGCUCCGCCCGCCCGCUCGCUCCCCGCGUUCACGUGCACGCAUUGUGCCUCCCGUGCGCGCGCGCGCACACACACGCACGUCCACGGCAACCCGCGUGCAUCAUUGAAGACGCGGAGGAGAGCGCGAGCGAGCGAGAGAGUGAGGGGGACACGGAGAGAGAGGGGGCAAGGGACGAGCGAGAGAGAGGGCUCCGUAAGGCGCCGACUCGCCCGCAUCUGGUCAGGCCCGUCUCGUGUGGCUAUCGUUUUUCUUUCUCUCUCUCUCUGCUGCAGACGGAUUUGGCGAAGGUUAGAAAGUGCAACAGCGCAUAGAGGAGUCGGUGGGGGUGGCUCGCAUUGCCUCUCUUUCCCUCCCGCGUCUGCCCGGCUCUCCCGUCGCUCGCCGCUGCAAGCGCUCCCGCGCAGUACACGCUGCGUGCGUGCGUCUGUGCGCGCGUGUGAACACACACACACUCAGGCGCGCCACCACGCACACACAACAACAACAACAUUCGCUCCCUCUCCGGUCGCUCGCCGAAAGUGGUGGGGGGGGGGGGCAUUCCGGUGAUGCUGCCCUAAGAUAAUAAGAGGUGAGCUCCGGCUAUUCGGUUGUGGCAGAGAGUGAGUGCAGGACGCGUCGUGCGACCCACCAAGUCCCGGCGCUGUCUCCCCUCCGUCUCUGACCCCCCCCCCCCCCGCUCGACUGCUUCUCUGCCUUUUUUUCUGCGCGUGUGUGUGGGGGUAUCUCUUGCGGACCAAGAUAAGUGGUUCUUGCCGCAGCGAAAUCAGUGUGGUGUACUCUACCGCGCCUUACGGCCAGACAAGAACCCCUUGCAUCGCGCCGUCGGGAAAAAGCGAGCGGCAUCGUCUGCGCUUCGCGGAGCAGCAGCAGCGGCGGCGGCAGCAAGCAGCAGUUGUCUGGCGGGUGAAAGCUGGCGGGAUUAUGCGCCGAACCUCGCCUCGGUCGUCACAUUGACGCCUCCAGACAUCCCAUCCCCGCGCUCACUCGCUGCCGGCGGCGGCGGCGGUGGUGUGCACCACCCCGAAGCGCAGCGUCUAUCGGGAACGUGCCUAGCGGUGGUGGCGGUGGUGGUGGCGGUGUGCACCACCACGAAGAGCAGCGUCUAUCGGGAACGUGCCUAGCGGUGGUGGUGGUGGCGGCUCGCCGCGCGUGUCCGGGCUGCGCGCACCGUCCGCUUUCUCGCCGUUACCACCGUGAACUGGACUUUUGCCAUCGCUGCUCGUGAAUGACAACACCGUGAAUUGAGAUUGCGCAGGCAGCAGCAGCAGCGGCGACCACGAAUAAGAAGACGACUGAACGAAGCAAGGAGAGGGAGAAAAAAAUUGGGCAGCGUGAUCGCGUCUGGGACAUUGCCGCACACACAGACACAGACAACCGACUCCCACCGCACUGAGUGAGCGAUUCGGCGAGCCAGUUGCACCGCCGCUCACUUCACGACUCUUCCGGAUGUUGUGAUUUGCGCUCCGACAAGUCAGCUGCUAUUGCUGCCGCUCUUCCCCGCGUCUCUGCAUCGCUCUCCAGACUCUGGUCCCUCGCUUACCUUUCCUUUCACAUCUUGUACCCCCCCCCCUCCACCACCACCCGCACCCCCUGGGGCCUCCGCUCCCGAGAACCUAACCCCUGGUCACCCCGUGGACUCCCGCCGCCGUCUUUGACCGCCACUCUCAAUCGCUCGGAGAUGGCAGCCGGGGUGGCAGCGUGGCUCCCGUUCGCCCGGGCGGCGGCCAUCGGGUGGAUGCCCGUGGCCACCAGCCCCAUGCCCCCAGCUCCGCGCGAGAAGAAGCACCAGGACGAGCUGAUGGUGCUCAACGUGAGCGGCCGCCGCUUCCAGACGUGGCGCAACACCAUGGAACGGUACCCUGACACCCUGCUGGGCAGCAGCGAGCGCGAGUUCUUCUUCAACGAGGACACCAAGGAGUACUUCUUCGACCGCGACCCGGAGACGUUCAGGCACAUCCUGAACUUCUACCGCACGGGCAAGCUGCACUACCCAAGGCACGAGUGCAUCAUGGCCUACGACGAGGAGCUCGCCUUCUUCGGCAUCAUCCCCGAGAUCAUCGGCGACUGCUGCUACGAGGAGUACAAGGACAGGAAGCGAGAGAACCAGGAGAGGAUCCAGGACGACAUCGACUCGGAGAUCAAUCCGGACAGCCUGCUGCCGAGGACCAACUCCCGAGAGCGCAUGUGGCGCGCCUUCGAGAACCCGCACACGAGCACCCUGGCGCUCGUCUUCUACUACGUGACGGGCUUCUUCAUCGCCGUGUCGGUGAUCGCCAACGUGGUGGAGACGGUGCCGUGCGGCGCCAUGCCGGGCACGGUGCGCGACCUGCCGUGCGGGGAGCGAUACGCGCUCGCCUUCUUCUGCCUCGACACGGCGUGCGUCAUGAUAUUCACCGUCGAGUACCUGCUACGCCUCUACGCCGCGCCCAGCCGCUACAAGUUUAUACGGAGCGUCAUGAGCAUCAUCGACGUGGUGGCCAUCAUGCCCUACUACAUCGGCCUCGUCAUGACGGACAACGAGGACGUAAGCGGCGCCUUUGUGACGCUGCGCGUCUUCCGAGUCUUCCGCAUCUUCAAGUUCUCGAGGCACUCGCAGGGGCUGCGCAUCCUGGGCUACACCCUCAAGAGCUGCGCCUCCGAGCUCGGCUUCCUGCUCUUCUCGCUCACGAUGGCCAUCAUCAUCUUCGCCACGGUCAUGUUCUACGCCGAGAAGGGCUCCUCCGCCAGCAAGUUCACGAGCAUCCCGGCCGCCUUCUGGUACACCAUCGUCACCAUGACGACCCUGGGAUACGGAGACAUGGUGCCCAAGACCAUCGCUGGCAAGAUCUUCGGCUCCAUCUGCUCCCUGAGCGGCGUGCUGGUGAUCGCUCUCCCCGUGCCUGUCAUCGUCUCGAACUUCAGCCGCAUCUACCACCAGAACCAGCGUGCGGACAAGCGGCGCGCCCAGAAGAAAGCAAGAUUGGCCCGGAUCCGCGUGGCGAAGAGUGGGAGCUCGCACGCCUACCUUCAGAGCAAAAAGAACGGCAAAUUAAUGGAUGCCAUUGAGCAAGUACGCCAAGAAUUAUCAAACAAUGCGAGUUCUUGUGAUGAAGGUCAAGCGCUCGUGGUCAAAUCCCCGUCGUCCUUCGAGAUGCAGCAUCACCAUCUGCUGCACUGCCUCGAGAAGACCACGGGGUUGUCCUAUCUAGUGGAUGAUCCAUACUGUUCCAUCCCUGCUGCACGGGCUACAAAGAACCACGAGUUCGUGGACGAGAAGGUGUUCGAGGACAACUGCCUGGAGGGAUCCGUGGGACACCGCACGCCCAGCCGCAGCCCGUCGCUCUCCUCCCACAUGCACAGCCUCACGGGCACGUGCUGCUCCCGCCGGGGGAACAAAAAGGCCUUCCGUCUGCCCAACUCCAACAUCUCGGGCAGCGGCGUCGGCAGCGCGCAGGAGCUCAACACCAUCCAGAUCCGCUCGCUGGAGCGAGCCACGCAUUUGCCCAACAGGCGCGAGAGUCUCAACGCCAAGCUGGAGGAGACGGCCAAGCUCAACUGCGACCCGUCUCACAUGACGACGGCAAUCAUCAGCAUCCCCACGCCGACCACCACGCCCGAAGGAGAGAACCGGCCCCCGUCCCCCGGCGCUGCCCACCACCUCUCCAGCCAGGCCAGCCCCAGCGUCAUCAAGAUCUCCGCCUUGUGAGGCCACCGAUACAUAAAGUCGUUCAUUUUUCGGGUGGUUUGAUUUCUUUUUUUUGGUUGCCUUGCGAUGGGCCCUGGAGGAGGAGGAGGAGGAAGAGGCAGAGUGGCGAGGAAGAGGAGGAGGGUGGCUGGGAGGAGGAGGAGGGUGGCUGGAAGCCCCCCGGUGCUCCAGCACGAUGCAGAGGGGAGGCCACAGGCGGGUUUUACUGUGCGGAGGGGUCGCGAGCAAGAGCCGACGGGAGGAGGAGCAGGAGGAGGAGAACUCCCGUUCGCAAGCACGGAGACGGUGCGGGGAGCAGAACUACUGUGGCCGGAGGCUCCGUCGGGGUCUGCGCACAGAGAGGAGAAGAGAGUUUCGGUCUGGUUACGGUUUUUUGUGCUGCUGCCGAUGCUGUCUCCAGACUGUGUCCGAGAAUGGAAUAUUUAUUUAAUUUUACGCAGAGAGCACGUGGAAGUAAAUAUAUAUAUUAGCUGUUUAUAUUAAGCUUCACGGAAUUUUAGUCUUGAGUUUCACAAUGUGAAUACAAUGGAAUGAGGCUAGUUUCUCAAGUUUCUUACUGUGUGUGCGCGCGCACAGCUCCCGUGCACCUGUAUAUUCAGUCAUCUGUGCAUUUUGUUAGUUUCGUCGUAUGCAUGAUCACUCGUCCGUGCACAUUUGAAAGAGGCGCGUUUCUCUCUGAGUGUUUGGAAUUCGGUGCAAUUCAGGUUUCACUGUUGGAAGGGUUUGAGGAAUCGUAACAGUUUUGUGUAUAUUACACAGAUAAUGGCCAGCUUUAUGCAUGUCAUCAUCAGGACGUUUUGUUGGUAAGCAAGAAAGAUUUAUAUCAGGUACUGCAAAGUUACAGUUACUGUUUUAUUUUGAUAAAAUUUUACCUUUAUCCUUGCACAUUCUUUGUUCGUGUGUACAUUAAGGGAAUUGAUUGCGGAGGAAUUUUUCUGACUUUUCAAGAUUGCACCGAAACAACAUUUUCACGAGCGGAGGUUUGAGAAUGUUGUGUUUUGGGUUUAUGAUGAUGAUGAUUAUUAUUUUGAGAUGAACACAAACCCAGCUCGGCUUCCUUCAUGGUAAGCAAAUGGCUUCAGCAACAAUUGCUGUUCGAAAAUGUGACAUCUUUCAACCAUCGUAUAAUAUAAACAAGCGGUGGUUCUCUCACCCAUGACAAUGUUACAAGACAUCUUAGUUUUUAAUUGUCCAGCCUUGUGUAUUUAUAACGGAUAAUGGAAAUGCUGUAAUUUUAUGGACAACACGUAUUCCGACACAUGCAUGGCUUCAAAAAAAGAAAUGCUCCAGUGUUAUCUUUCCUAGGUAGUAACUUUGUGUUAGUACCAUAACCCCCUAACCUUUUACAUGUGUUGUUGAUGCCAAAUAUGUUUAAAAAAAUUAAAAUGUAUUUUAAAAAACAGGCAUUUUUUUCCAUACGGUAGUGCUGCAUAGAGUUUAAAUGCUUCAUUGCAGCAUAGCUAUUAAAAGGACGGAGGUUAGGUAGAACAGACACCUGCAAAACACGUGCUUGGAUUUAAUGAAGUUUGGCCACAUUAUCACUGCAGCGGUUUUGCUGUGACCUGAUCAGAAGGGAACCCCACACGGGGAUGAUGAUGGAUUCACUGAAUACAGGGUAGUGGUAUAAUACAUUCGCAUAUAUGUAUAUGUUCAUGCUGACUUCGGACCAGACACUUCCAAAUCACUUUGUUGUUGGAGGUUUAUGCAAUAAUAAAAAAAAUCAAUAAGUUUAAAAAAAUGAAAACAUUAAAAAAAACACAAAGCCAGCAGUUUCCGAUCACACGCAAGCGUCUAACGGCAGUGGGUUUCUUACCGCAAAAGUUGUUUUUUGAAAGGGAGUGUACAAACGGUUUAGGGCCUUCUGAUUUUGAAAUGGAAUGUACGGUGCAUUGCGUUGCGUGGACUAACGCGUUAUUGUCGUCGUGAACUUAUUUUAUCUGUCUACUUGUCUGCUUCGGGUUUCGGAGGUCGUGAAAGUGGCGCGCUGAAGUGACUCGCUUUGGAGGAUGGUUUGAGAAGGAAAGAGACAACUAACUAUAAGUCCGUACAAAAGAAAUGUUUUGCCUGGCUAUUUGUUCUUACAGGACCGGGACGUGACAUAUCUUCUCUAGUUUUUGGUGUGUGAACCUCUAGAAUUGCCGUUAGCACAUUUGGUGAAAUAAACCAACAGACAGUUACUUGCAUCGUUCACUGUGUUAGGUCUCACACAUGUCUGCGUUGUUAUACGUUCUACUUUAUUCCAAUUGGUUUUGUAAAGAUGCACAAAUCUGUUAUAAAAUCGCUUGUGCAACACUGAGCAAAUAAAAUGAAUCUUUGCAUGCUUAAUAUGCAUUAAGUGCAAUGUAUCUAACGCUCAUGUCCAUCACCAUAUAGAGUAGAUCCUUAUUUUUGCGCUCUCUUUGAAAGAAGUUUAAUAUAUCGGACAACAUCCAUUCUCUUUCUCUGUUAAAUAAACUAGUUUUAAGUGGAUAUGCGCAAGAGAAAACAGUUCAAUAAAAUUUGUGAAUUCAUUUAAUUGCGCUUCUGAUGAGAAUCGUUAAGGUUUUGCUGUGUAUUUACUCCCAAACGCGACGUCUUAACGUGCAAUCUGAACGCUAUUUAUUCCCUCUCGUGCAGAUGGAACGAUUGUUUUUUUCUCAUGCUCCACCAGAAUUAACUUCAUAUGAUUUGAAUGUGGUGUGCAUAUGACUGCCAAACUAUGUAGUAAAGCUACUGCUUCGAGACUUCAAACAUUGUGUGAGCUACGUCUUGCAUCUGAGCACCGGAAUAUCUGUG